AUGGAGUCUCUUGCAAUCACGACGGACUGCAUCACACUAGGAAGCGCCGUUGCCAAGGCGACAUGGCUGCUCAACGCAGUUGUCAGGGAGGUACGAGAAUCGCGCUCGGUGCUCGACAACUUGUCUCGCGAGCUUCACUCUCUCGAGGGUGUGCUGGAUCUGCUGCAAGAGGACGCCGAGUCAUUCCCACAGGAGCUUGCCGCCGAUACGCCCGUGAUACUUGAGCGGUGCCAGAGCGUCGUGGAUGAACUAGAUGCCCAUCUGUCCCUGUUGAACCAGCCAGAGCUCUCGAGCCAGGAACGUCGGCGACGGUGGUUCGAGACGGGCAAAGACGAAUCUAUUGUCCUGCAGAAGAGGAUAGCUGCACAUCGGGCAGUUCUGGGCCUGGCGAUAGACCUGGUGGGAGCCACCGCCAUACGCGAGAUCCGCCUCGAGGCUGAGGCCGGUCGGCCUACCACCAUCCAGAGGCGUGCUAAUGCCGCCGACGCCUUUAGCGACAUUGCGCGCAUCCUCAACGAAAUGGAGGAUGUCUACGCCCAGACCAAAGAGCUCGAGACUGACGGCGCCCCUUCUCCUCUCCACCACUACAUCAUGACCGUCAAGGCUCAUGUCGAGGCCGUCCUGAGCAGCGCCGACCUCGCGGAAGCAGACGAAGGCGCGUUUGUUUCGGGUAAGGAGCUCUUUCCGGCAUACAUAGGAGACGGCCCGGACAGCGCCAUCUCGAUUAAUGAAGAACCUCUUCGCAAGACGCUCCAGGAGGCUCUUGCGAACAAGUCCGCCGACGCAGAAGCUCGCAGCCAUUCGGACGAUGAUCUUGGUCGCCGCAACGGACCCAAGUACGGAACAUAUCUGGACGUGGACGGCGAUGGCGACGAUGGCUCUUCAAUGAUUGAAAGCGUUUCCGUCAACGAAAUCAUAGAGACAAUCACACCUCGUCCACGGGACGACAUGGCGGGCUUUAUUGAGGCACAGGGCAGCCUCAGUACUCCGUCCAGUAGGCCGCCAACACCACCACCGAAAGAUGUGAAGCGUCUCGAAGCAGCGCGGAACAACAUGGUGUCUCCAUUCCUCGAACUCGACCGGCACCCGGAACCAGUCGUCAGCAACUACGGCGUGUUUACGGAGAUCACGUCGAACACCCGCAAGCAGUCGUCCGGUACAGGUGGGAAGCUCGACAGGAUUUUUGGCUCCCAGCGACGCAAACCAAAGCUGCGACUCAACCUGAUGCCCGGCGAUGACUUGCGUUACGUCCCCGGGAGCCAGCUGUCACCAAGGCCUGGCACACAAUCAACGCAAUCAGGCUCUUCCUCGGAGAACAUGUCCGUGGAGUUCCGGCCAUCAACGCCUGUUAUCAAGGCCAGCCUGGUGCGGCGGUCCAGCAAGCGGCUCUCGGUGUCUCUCAAGAAGCUGCCAUUGUGGUCCCCGACUGAUCUUGAGGAGACAGCCGAGGGCACUGAAUUUGCGACCGUCUUUGGGGUUUCACUGCAGAGGAGCAUGGCUGUGGCCAAGGGCACGUCCAAGACACAUCACGGGGACAAUGGCGGCUCCUCGCGCCGUGACUUCCCGCUCUGCAUGCAGAAGAGCUGCUUCUUCAUCAAGCAAGAGGGCAUAGGGGCUCCAAACCUCUUUGCGGACGCAGGGGAUGGCCACCGGGUCCGCCGGCUCAAAGACGCCUUCGCACGGCCACCGACUUAUGGUAACGAUGUGAACUGGUCGCACUACACGGUCUAUGACGCCGCAGAUUUGAUUCUUUUGUUUCUAUCACAGCUUCCCAAGCCUCUCGUGUCAGAAUCAAUCGCCAAGCGAUGGGUUGUACUGGCGAGACAGUCGACCUUGAGUGGUGCUCUCAGCAAUCGGUUGGAACAAUGCAUCGACUUCUGGGAGGAGGCAUUGAGCAGUCUGCGCGGACCACAUCGAAGCUUGUUCAAGCUGCUGUUGAAUUUAUGGGCAGACAUCGCAGAUGCAUCGGAGGUUAACGACAUGACAGCCGAGCGCCUCGCGGCCGCCGUGAUCAAGCCGUUGAUGCACAUCCACCCAGAAAAGUACGACACCGAUUUUAUCCUUGCGCUUGCAUAUCUUAUUCGCAAGAGGGGUGAAUACAUUGAGAUCAUGAAGUCGGACAAGAAGACUAGCGAGAUUGCGAGGAUUACACGCAUCAGCCGUAUCCAAGGCUUUUAA